CUAGAGUCACCACCACUCGACUGGACAUGGCGAAACUAAGUGAAUUGGCGAGCGACCACAGCUCUGAGGAGGAAUCAGAAGUGUCCAGUGCAGAGGAAGCGUCUUCUCAUUCUCCCGAGGUUUCGAGUGGAAAAAAUGGCAAAGAAGUCGAUCAACCCAAGUCUACCGAAAACCAUGAUUCGGAUUCUUUAAACGAGUAUGUUCGUGCUGAAGGUGAAGCUGUAGUAUCAAAAGAGGGAUUAGAUCAGGAAUCCGGUGUGUUUUUGGUUCGUUUACCUCCUAAAAUGGCAUUAGAAGAUAUAACUGAAAUGAACUUGGGACAAAAGCCUUCGAUAGCCGCAAGCUCGUCUACAGCAGAAUCUUUUCAGCUGCGUCAAGAAUCUUUAGGAUCUGUACGUUUGUUUGUACCUGAUGAAAAGGGCACAUACUCUACCAGCGAAAUAAGAACGGGCUUCGUCGUAUCAGAGACACCUAGAUUACUUUUGAAUGGAAAACCCAAGGAAAAGGAACAAACAACUGAUGAUGCUGAUGGAAAGAUCCCUCAAAUCAAGAAUUUAAAACAACAUUUCAGACCUAUUGGAGCUGUAGAUACUACACCGUCUACGAAAGAAGCAGUACCUUCUACAAGCGUUACGGAACCUACAAGCACUGAACAGCAAUCUACAGAAGAAAAGAAGGAAGAGCGAUCCGAAGGUAAAAAGAGAUCACGAGAGAAAAAGGAAAAAGGAAAAGAGGAUAAGGAAAAAGAAAAGGAUAAGAAGAAAAAACACAAAAAGUCAAGUAAAAAGGAAAAAGAUUAGAUUGCUCGAAUAAGCGUAAUAUUGUCACCUUUGAGUAAAAUUCGACCUUGACGUUUAGUGUUAGUUAAUUGCAUUCAUUAAUCAAUCAAUAAAUUUUGGGUUUCUGCGGGA